AUGGCUACGCUGGGCCUCAAUCCUUCUGAGUGCCCUUCAGAGGUUGGACCGCGCGAUGAUGCUGCAAAGUACCAUGAUCGUCCACACCAAGGCAUGGAGUUUGAUUCCCGAGACCGUGCAUGGGCUCAGCAAGGCGGCGGAUAUUGGCAGGAUCAAUGGAGGCCAGACAAUGGCGAGUAUGGCUUUGCGGGGCAAGGCGGAAACAUGGACUGGACAUCCGGAUGGCAGAUGCCGAUGGCCAUGAAUGACGGGUGGCAAAACAGGAACCGGAACAGCAAUACCACUAAGUCCAAGCGGCGCUUUUGCACCUCUUUUCCAGAUGUCAGCCAGUGCCGUCGCGGAGCGGGCUGUGCUUUUGCGCACUCUCGCGAGGAGAUAGGAGUGCCGCUGCUGUCCAUAGCCGAAGAGACUCAGGAGCCCCAUGCCUUGACGGACGACUUCUUCAUGUACAAGUACAAGAUGAGCUGGUGUCCAAUUGGCGUGCAACAUGAGUGGCACACAUGCGUCUACGCACACAACUACCAGGACGCGCGACGUCCUGUGACCAUUGGGUAUGGAGCCAGGCUGUGCCCGUACUGGAGCAAGAAGGACACCGGCGCGGAGUACUCGCAGAGAUGCCCUCUCGGCCUCCGCUGUCCUUACUCCCAUGGCGCCAAGGAGCAACUCUACCACCCGCACUACUUUAAGACUGUGGUUUGCCGUGACCUGCGUGGCAAGGCCUGCCCUCGGCACAAGCUGUGUGCCUUCUACCACCAUCGGAACGAGCGCCGCUCGACUCCGGUCGAUGAUGUCGAUUAUGCAAAGCCACUCUCCAAAGAGGCCAUGCCGGAAGAUUGGGUUACUGACUUUCUGUCCCCACCGUUCCAUGCUGAGUCAGGGAAGCCCAAGAUGGAUGACGGCAAGGAUCGCAACAUGAUGCAUAAUUCCGGGCAGAUGGAACAAAGCGGCCAGUACGGGCAGAUGCAAUGCGGAAUGCCAUAUUUUCCCGUGCCUUC